AUGGAUAUAAUAUUUUUUAAAGUUUGGAGAAAUAAUUAUUUAAAGUUAUUGGUACUAUCUUUUAUAAAAAAGACAACUAAUAUCAAUAUUGUAUAUAGAAAUUAUGAAUCGACAACAAAUUUACUAUUAAUGGCUGAAAAUGCUAAAAUUAAUAUGAUUGGUGACAAAUUAAAAACGAACAAAUAUCUUUUUUUGGGGUAUAAAAGUCCUUUUCAAUAUUUUUUCGAUCCUUUAGCUGAAUUUAAUAUUCCUGCAAUAGAUCCGUUUUUAGUUAUUAAUAGUCAAGAGUUUGGUAAUAUGUUGUGGGAUAAAUACAAAGAUUAUUUUAAAAGAAACCCACUUUCUAUAAAUGGGUCAGGAAGCUCUACUAGAACAUUAAAAAAGGUUUAUGAAAUGUGGUAUGGUGGAAAUGAAACAAGUGCAUUAAAACAUUACAGACUUUACAGUUUAAUAUACCAGAUUUUAGAAAAUUAUGAAGAUGAAGCUCAACCAUUAGAUUAUUUUUUAGAUUUGUUAAAUAAAGACACCAAUGUAAAUAAUGAAGAACAAUUGGAAUUAUCUACUAUGCAAAAUCAAAGUCCUGAAAAUCAAAUUGUUGAUUUGAUAUAUAGAGGAGGUAAAAUACCUAUAUAUUCUCAUCAUCGUUUAGAAGGAAAUGAAAAUUUUGAACUAUUGAAUAUUCUCAAAAAAGACUUUAUUGAAAAGAAGAUGGGGGUAAAUUUAAAAAACUUUCUAAGUUCGUUCAAAAAAAUGAAAAUUUCACGUGGUUUUAAAAUGUUUGAUAAAGACCAAUUAAACACUUUGGUUUCUAAAUUUUUAAACGACCAUUCAUGCACAAUAGAAGAAAAAAAAAAAUUAAAAAACAGAAAACAAAAGAAAGAAAUUCAUGAAUAUUGUUACAGUAUCGAGCAUAUUAAGCUAUACAUUUUAAAUAAAAUAAAUAAAAAAAAAAAAGAAUUAAGUAUUAAAGAAAUAGAAUUUAAAAAAGCUUUACAAAAUUCAGAAAUUACAAAUUUAAAAACAUUGGUAUUAUUAGUCGAGAAAUAUUUGGUGGGCCCUGAUGGAUAUGAAUUAGAUUUUUACAAGUAUAUGGGUGAUUAUUAUACUUUGUUUCAACUAGAAAAUAAUUCUAUAAAAGAGAUAGGAAUACGAGGAAAAGAAUACGGCCCAUUUUUUAUUUAUCAAUUUUCAAUAAUCAAUUUUUCAAUUGACUUUUUAAAAUUAUCAUUGUCUUUUAAAGGAGUAAAAAGACUACCCAAGAGAUUAAAAUUAAAAUUUAUUUAUUUUGAAAAAGUUAAAUUUGAUAAUUCAAAUUUUGAAAAGAUAAAUAGUUUUUUCAAGUUUUUUGUUUCAAUCAAAUUGGAAACAAAGCAUUGGUCCAGGUUAUUUAAGUUUAUGAUCCUUCACUACGAAUUUGAAUUGUUUAAGUGGGUUCUGGAUAAUUUCCAUGAAAUAGGCUCAAAUUUUAAACAAUUAUUCACAACUAAAAAAAUCAAAAAUGUGCCAAAAUAUUUAAAAAGACAUGGAGUGGACCCUAAUUUAAAAAAAACAAUUUAUUUUUUUGAAAUUUUAAAUGAAAUUUAUAUAAAUUGUGGUUUAAAAAAUGAAUUUAAAGAAAAUUUCAUAAAAUUUUAUUUUCCAUCAUCAAUUAUAAAUGGUCUUUUAGAAAAGUAUAGAUAUGGAGAAAAUAUUGCAUUUGAUACCUACAUUAAAAACAAAUUAGAGGAAGAAAAACCAUCUGAUUAUUUUGGUGAUCAUUUUAAUAUAGAUAACCCAACUAUUUAUUAUGAUGUAAUCGAUUCAAAUUUAUUACAAAUCUAUUUUCAUAAUAAAGUUAAAGCUGGUAAAAUUUACACUAAUAAUUCAGGAGUAUUAAUUACCAACUUAGUAAAAUAUAUACUUUAUUUAGAUUUUGAAUCAAUUUCAACUAUCAUACCAAAUAUCACAAUACCAAAUAAAAUUAACAAUAGUAUAGAUUUGGUUUACUAUUUAUAUAAAAAUGAUUAUUUAAAUAGUUUUAGUCUUCAAUAUUUUUUAGAAGAAUGCAUUAGGUGUAUAAAAUUCGAAAGAGAAGUGAUUUUUAAUUUGUUAAACUACAAACCUCAGCAAAACCAAAGCUUAGUUACACAUUUUAAAGACUACUUUGAUGGUAUCGAUAACAGGCAUAAAAAGAAUUUAAGCUUUACUAUAGCUCCAGCUCAAAAAGAAAAAACGCAUUCGUGGGUUAAAGAUUCAUUAUAUAUGGGAAACUUUGAAAAUGUAUUUCAAUAUCUCGAAAAAAAUCCUAUUAAAGAAGAUUCUAUAUUUCUAUAUGUUAUAGAUUUGAUAUGUUCUGUAUCAAUAUCUAAAGAUUGGUUUGCCAAAUUUUAUAUCACUCUUUUUAAGGGUUGUAUUAAUGAAAUGGAUAUAAAUUUUAUAGGGGGUUUAAAUAUAGAAAUUUUUGAAUUUUUAUGGGACAACCACCUUGAAACAGAGUCAUCAAAGAUCAGCUUCUUGUAUAGUAUUUUCAAUAAUAAGGAGACAAUAGGCAACAUUCGUAUCCACACUCUAUUUGAAUAUAUUUUAAAAGAAAAAAAGCACUUUAUAUUAAGUUUAAAUUUAAGCUGCACUCAAAUUAAAAAAAUUAUUAGAAGAUUACUAUUGUAUGGAAAUAUUACAUUAUUCGAAUUAACAUUGUCACUAUUCUCAAAUAUAGUAUUCGAAAUAAAUUCAAGUAUACUAUUGAAAUUAAUAAUAAAUGAUCGUUAUGAUGCGAUAGAAUAUAUAUUUAAUAAUAAUCUAGUACCAAGUUUUAGAGAUACAAUUGGAAAAGAUAAUUUAGAUAGUCUUUUAAUUAAAGAGUAUAAUAAUACUGAAUUAGUUUCAGAAGGAAAAAAACCAACUUCAAAAUCAAUGUUUAUUUUAAUACACACAAUUAUUAAUUUACAAAAUAAAAUUAAAUAA